UGAAGUGUUCUCGAUCUAGAUGACACCUCCAGCCAGGGCUCGCUCGCUCGCUCUCGCAGCUGCCUUCUUCAGGACCCAGGCCUUGGACGGGCCGACGCUGAACGCUGAGAGGUUUCAGCGUCACUGGCGGUCUGGUCCGGUCCUGUCCUGUGCUGUGGCCGAGACUCCUCCGGUCCAUGCCCCUGCUUCUUCUUCUACCGCACAUGCAGCACGACGUUCGAGUAUUCUUCAGGCAGGUAGGAGACUACCAUCUCCCGUGCGAGUGCUUACACGUGUUUUUAGGUCCCAAUUGGGGAUUCCUCGCAGUGCUGAGACGCUGGACGUGUGUUGAGAUGAGGGUUGCCCGUAGGGCGAGUCAGCUGAGGACUGGACUGUCCAUGAGAUUUAGUUACGCCUACGGCGUCUUGUGAUUGAAUCUCUGCCCUGUUCAGAUUCUUUUCAACCCAACAGAUCGUCGUGCCAGAGCCGAAUACGCAUCACCUUCCCCGUCGUCAAUUGCCAUUAGCUUGAUAUUCUCUCCUCAUCUACACACAGUGCUUAGAUCGUUUGGUGCGCACGAAUCGCUGACGCCAAGCUCCCGAGUCGCACUCCAGGCAGAGAGAUGAAGUAGUCUGCAGGUUUGAUUUCAGAGCAACUGAUUGCAGAUGUGAUCCAGAUUUUCCAGGGUUUUGUUCAGUCAUGGAGAGGUUCAGUCGAGUAUAAAAGGCGAUCCCUUCUCAACAUCCCUCUCUUGUACACCCGUUUCGCAGCAUCUGGCCUGAAGAAUUGUCCAGUCUUGUAGAUCAGGAUUCCUUCUCACGCAAUUUCAUAUUAUGCGGUUGCUGAUUUUAGGACAGGUGCUAUUUUGGUAUUGCGUCUAUCACGGUUCUUUAUGUGCAGUGCUGACAUGAGUAUCGGAGGCUUCUGUCCGAGACACUUUAACUCCUGCGGGCCUUAUGAUGUGGGAAGCUCGCUAUCGAAAUUCACGUAAAGUUCUCCGUUGCGGUGGCUCGAGAGGAAUAGUCGUAAGCACCUGGCUAUUCUGAAUAUCGAUUCGGUAUUCAGAAUAGCUCCGGCUGUAGAUCAAGACUCGCUCGCGGGGUUGCGAAGCCUGACCAUUCCGUUGAGAAUGCAGAAUCAUGGAAUGAGGACUUCACGCUUUUACUUAGAAAAUUCUGAGAAUGGGAAGGUCGCGGAUGACCUUGGUAAACGGGACAAAUUAAAGCAGGAGGUCCCUGGUGGUCGUAGUCUACCCAGCUCUAAUUCCGUCUCCUUCAACAAUCGACCUCAAUGGCCAAGGUCCUAUCAGAAUGCGAUGAACAACCGAAUCGUUGGGGGCCCUGAUGUGUCUCAAGUUUUCAAGAAAAUUAUGGAGUCUGUUGGUUGGGUAUAUGAGUUCAUACUCGAAAGGAAACGAGCCUGCCUUCCUGCCUGCCUGCCUUGAGCAAAGCCAACAUAUCGCUCGCAGCAGAUAGUGUCUGUAGACUUGACCGAUUCGUCUCUACAGAGAACGCUAGCUGAUGCAGCUGUCUAUACUUAGGCUGAGGGGUAUUAGUGUAAAUAUAUGCCAAGUCUCAACUGUAGCUAUCACCAUCCCCCUCAAUUGUAGUUAAUAUUGUACCUUUACCUGCACACAUAUCUCUAAUUAGCUCCCUUCUUCAAGGAAUGUGUAGUUUCAUCCUGAAUAGCUCAAGAUUGCAUUUAGAUCGACACCGUAGUUGGUGUUAUGUGAAUAGAAUUGUGGGAGAGAUGAAGCGUCCAGUUAUCAUACAUGUACUGAUUGCCAGAACCUCUUGGGAGUGGUGUCGUGAUGGAAGCAUAAGACUAAUGGCCAACUUUUUGCUGGGAAAGACCACUGAGAAAGAUGUUGAAUUGUGUAGAAACAUGAGAGCACUUUUCCCACAACCUCCUUCAUUUCAAGACCUUCCCGCCCACUCUUAGAGAGCAGAUGAACUGGAUCAGUUACCAGGCGUCGGAAAUUUGAAAGAGGUACGGAGCAAUGAGUCCGGAAAUGCACUGAACCGAAUGAAGAAAUACUGCAUGGAGGUUUUACAAAGAGAAGAGAUCUAGGGAACUGCCCUAGGCAGCGAGAAAGCAGCUGGACAUCGUGAAGGGAUACUGCCUGGAGGAUUGCAAAGAAGUAGAGCUAUUAAGGGGAGCGCCCAAUCCAGGAAGAAACCAUUUGGUUCAGGUACAGAGGAGCAAUGACCGUAUGUAAACGUUGAUUCACUGAGCAGCAGUUUAGCGUGAAGCCAAUGGUUCGGCAAUGGUUCGUCAAUGGCUCCGAAGCUUUCAUCAGAUUAGUUUGAUCGUCUUGCUCAUCACAGUCUAGUACUUGCAGUUGAUCAUCUGGACAGAGUAGAACAUUAAUUAGAAGCAGCACUUGGCUCACCAAGCUGAGUCGCAAGACUACAUUUGUACGCAUUUACAUAAUUCAAUACAAUCAUUGAUACAUUCUAACGCA